UCAGUCGCCAUCUUUCUUCCUGUCUGCCCUCGCCCAGACCAAAACCAACCACCAUAGGCCAAAAAAACAGGAAGCGAUCAAAACAAAAACCUUGACGCGCACAAUCCAAAUCGAUAGAGGAAACCAUAAAUUCUUCCCAAAUUUUGUUUUUGUCUCUAGAAAGAUUCCCACUCGAGUUUCGAGAGAAUCUCUGCGAAUUCCUUGCCUAUUUUGACGAACAUAAUGGCAUCAUACAAGCUCCUGGCAUCUUCCAAUUCGCGAAAUUCGGAUCUAUUGCGAGGUUCUUCUUCUUCUUCUUUCUCUUCUGCUUCUCUUUUAGAAUCCCAAUUUCUUUCGAAUCACCUGAGGAAUAAUGACAUCCCAACUCGCAAUCAAAGCCAUAGUCGUAGCUCAAUGACCGUCGAUGGCUUACUUGGCAAUGGGUACGAUUCCAAUCCCACGGAGUCGUCCAUUCUCUUAGAUGCCCAGAUUACUCUUGUUGAUUCCCAUAACCCUUCUUCUCUUCCCAUGAAUACGACUACAGCAACCACCACCACCACCACCACCACUAAUUCCUCUGCCGUCAUUGAUAGCAAUCACAAUACUUCCUCCGGUGCGGCGCCCAAAACUGUGGAUGAUGUGUGGAGGGAGAUUGUUUCUGGUGAGAGGAAGGAGUUGAAGGAGGAGGUUCCUGACGAGUUCAUAACCCUCGAGGAUUAUCUCUUGAGAACUGGGGUCAUGCCUGUUGAGGAUGUCAAAUUGCCGCAGACGGAGAGGCUGAGUGGAGGGAUUUUUUCGUUUGAUCCAAUUCGAGCCAGCACAUUUCAGGCCUUGGAUAAGGUCGAAGGAUCCAUUAUUGGAUUUGCUAAUGGGGUCGAUUUGAUCGGUAGUGGAGGAAGUGGGGGGAGAGGCAAAAGAGGGCGAGCUGCUUUGGAACCUUUAGAUAAGGCUGCAGAGCAAAGACAGAGGAGGAUGAUCAAGAAUAGGGAGUCUGCAGCAAGAUCAAGGGAACGGAAGCAGGCUUAUCAAGUGGAAUUAGAAUCAUUAGCUGUAAGACUAGAGGAGGAGAAGGAGCGGCUUUUGAGGGAAAAGGCUGAGAGGACUAAAGAGAGGUUCGAGCAGCUAAUGGAGAAGGUGAUUCCUGUGGUUGAAAAGCGACGACCCCCACGAGUAAUUCGGCGAGUUAAUUCCAUGAAAUGGUGAACUAUUGAUUUUCCACAAGACAGGUUCAACAGACAAGGAAACCUGUAGGAGAAAGAAGAAGAAGAAGCAGAAGAGAUAGACGGCAUAGUAUUAGGAGUUAUUGAAAACACAUUCUUUGCAGCUGAUGAUGGCUGAGGAGCAUCAGAGCAUCAGAGCAUCAGAGGUGUCUGCUGCAAGCAAAAAUGCCGGCGAUCACAAUCCUUUUACCAAACAACAGAUUAACAGAGACAAAACUAACACAGGAUACAUGAGAGAAGAUGAUGAUUUAUAGGCUACAAAACUUUGAGGUACUCAGCUCUCUGUCUCAUUUUCUGUUUUUUGUUCAAUGCAUGAGAGAGUCAAAGAGGAAGAAGUUGAGUUGAGUAGCAAUUUAAAGCAUUUUUUCAAUGGUUUUGUUGGAUAGAGGAAAUUUGUUAUAAUAGUUGGUAGUGUAGUUUGGUGAUAUUAGAGGUAUAUCAUUUUUUUUCCCUCUUAAUGUUAUGUUUUUUAGUUAAGAAAAGACUAUUGGUGACUGUACUUUCAUGUAAUUAAGAAUAUGGUAUAGUAAUAAUUUAGUCUA